CUCUGCUGGACAUCUGACCUAUGUUGUUCUGUGUGUGUGUGUGUGUGUGUGUGUGUGAACAUGUCCACCCAGGACCACCUCACCUCUGUGGACUUUGAAGUCUUUGGGAAUGUCCAGGGUGUCUGCUUCAGAAUGUACACUGAGGAUCAUGGGCGGCACCUCGGGUUGAGCGGCUGGGUGAAGAACACCAGACAGGGCACUGUGAUUGGUCAGGUUCAAGGACCCACCCACAAAGUCAACGAGAUGUGA